AAACAACCAGCGUAGCCCAGAUCACCUGUUAUAAAGUCCACGGAGUCCGCGGAACUCCGGAGACGCCCUAGAUCUGAGAUGGGGGCGAUGGCGCCGCCCACGCUGCUCCUGCUGCUGGCGGCCGCCCUGGCCCCGACCCAGACCCGCGCGGGCUCGCACUCCAUGCGGUAUUUCUACACCAUCGUGUCCCGGCCCGACCUCGGGGAGCCCCGGUAUGUGGAAGUCGGCUACGUGGACGACACGCAGUUCGUGCGCUUCGACAGCGACGCGGAGACUCCGAGGAAAGAGCCCCGGGCGCCAUGGAUGGAGAAGGAGGGGCCUGAGUAUUGGGAAAGGAGCACACAAAGAACCAAGAACCGCGAGCAGGCUUUCCGAGGGAACCUGAGGACCCUGCUCGGCUACUACAACCAGAGCGAGGGCGUCUCUCACACCAUCCAGGAGAUGUAUGGCUGUGACGUGGGGUCCGAUGAGCGCCUUAUCCGUGGUUAUAAACAGUUCGCCUACGACGGCCACGAUUACAUCGCACUGAACGACGACCUGAUGACCUGGACGGCUGCAGACACAGCAGCUCAGAUCACUCUGAGCAAGUGGGAGCAGGGUGGUGCUGGGGAGAUCAGCAGGGUCUACCUGGAGGGCGAGUGUGUGAAGUCUCUGCACAGAUACCUGGAGAACGGGAAGGACACACUGCUGCGCACAGAUCCCCCAAAGGCACAUGUGACCCAUCAUCCUGGACCUAAAGGUGAUGUCACCCUGAGGUGCUGGGCCAUGGGCUUCUAUCCUGCCUUCAUCACCCUGAGCUGGCAGAGAGAGGAGGAGGAACAGACUCAGGAUAUGGAGCUGGUGGAGACCAGACCUUCUGGAGAUGGAACCUUCCAGAAGUGGGCAUCUCUGGUGGUGCCUUCUGGGGAGGAGCACAAAUACACAUGCCAUGUGCAUCAUGAGGGGCUGCCUGAGCCCCUCACCCUGAGAUGGGAGCCUCCUCAGUCCACGGUCCCCAUCAUGGCAGUCAUUGCUGGUCUGGUUCUCCUUGGAGCUGUGAUCAUUGGAGCUGUGGUGGUUGUUGUGAUGAAGAGGAUGAGAAACCCAUACAGGGACAGCGCCCAGAGCUCUGAUGUGUCCCUCCAAGACUGUUAAGCGUGAAGACAGCUGCAUGGCCUGACAGAAUGACAGAUGUGUUCAGGUCUCUCCUGUAAUGUUCCAUUCUCAUUCAGCAACAUUGUCUGAAUUUCCACGGGAUCCAAUAGAAUCAUUGUGAAGAAAGGUGGAACCCAUCCCACCCCUGCACACCAGGAGAUUGUCUCUAUCCUGUCUGGGUUUCCUUCAGCCUCCCUGGCCCAGCGUAGGCAAAGGGACAUCUCCAUCCUGCCACCUGCCUGCUGCCCUGAGCUGCAGGCCCCGACUUCCCCCACUGAAAUAAGGAUGUGAAUGUGAACUUGAUUGUUCUCAUCCUUGAUCUGACAGGUGGAUUGGUGGGUAAAUUGAGGGAUUGUGAUACUUCGAGUUCAUGGAGGAAAUAAAUGGCAUC